AAGCCAAUCCCAUCGCAUGCGUAUGUAUAUGCAACAACAAUUAAGAUAGUAGUAAUUCAAUUCAAGAAACGAUCUCCAGUUUAGGCAAAGAUGGGGAGCAGUGUUGUGUGGAAAAUUGUUUUGCUAUUGGUUUUUAUUGGAUGGCUUUUCAUCUGGAUAAUGUUACCUACAAAGACUUACAAAGAUUCAUGGACUCCCCAGCUCAAAAUCAAGCUCAACUCCACAUAUUUCAGAGAACAAGGGACAAAUCUUCUUUUAUUUACAUUUCCUAUAAUGUUGAUAGCUGCUCUGAGCUGCAUCUAUCUUCAUCUUUACAGCAAGUCAAGUUCUGAUCAGAGUACUAAUGGCAAUAAGGGGCAAUAUUUUCGUUCAUGGAAACGGCCUGUGCUUGCGAUGGCUCCUCUGGGAAUUGUGAACGCCGUUGAGCUUGCAUUUGCUGCUAUGUUUAUCGCCCUUCUAAUUUGGUCUUUAGCCAACUACGUCUGUAUCAGCUUUGGUCGUCUCCAUAUGCACAACGCUGGAGAGAGAGUGUAG